CAGAAAUCACACAAUGGCACUAAUGCAGGCAGACCUUUCCAGAGCACCAUUUCAUCAGGUGCACCAGACGUUCCUUAUCGAUCAACCAAGAGUGUGGAUUCAAGUGAUGAAAGCUUUUCUGAAUCUGAUGAUGAUAGCUGUCUGUGGAAACGAAAACGACAGAAAUGUUUCAACCUUCCUCCUGCUAAAUCUGAGCCUUUUCCACUUACUCAGAGUCACACGAAACAAACUGCUCUAGGUGGUAAGAAAGUUAACAACAUUUGGGGUGUGGUGCUCCAGGAGCAAAAUCAGGAUGCCGUGGCUACUGAACUUGGGAUUCUAGGAAUGGAUGGAAGUAUUGACAGGAGCAGGCAGUCAGAGACUUACAAUUAUUUAUUGGCUAAAAAGUUGAUGAAGGAAGCUCAGCAAAAGGAGGCAGAGACUUUGGAUAAAGAACUGGAUGAAUACAUGCAUGAUGACAAGAAAGCAUUGCCAGCAGAAGAAGAAAAUGGACAAGGCUUUCUCAAACGAAAGCGAUCUAUAAAAGACAGACUGGGUGAAAGACAAGAAAUGAAAUACAAAGGAAGAUAUGAAAUAACUGAAGAAGAUUCGGAGGAAAAAGUAGCAGAUGAAAUUGCUUACCGGCUUUGUGAACCAAAGAAAGAUUUGAUUGCUCGAGUAGUGAAAAUAAUUGGAAAGAGAAAAUCUAUUGAGCUGCUUGUGGAAACUGCUGAAGUGGAACAAAAUGGUGGACUGUUCAUAGUGAACGGUACUAGGAGAAGAACACCAGGGGGUGUUUAUUUAAACCUGCUGAAGAAUACACCCAGUAUCAAAGAAGAACAUAUCAAGGAAAUAUUCUAUCUGGAAAACCAAAAGGAAUAUGAAAACAAAAAAGCUGCUAAGAAGAGAAGAAUACAAAUUCUAGGAAAGAAGAUGAAAAAAGCCAUUAAAGGGCUUAACCUGCAAGAAUAUGAUGAUGCGUCUCGUGAGACUUUUGCUAGUGACACAAACGAAGCUCUGGCUUCUCUGGAUGAUUUACAGGAUGGGCAUCAUGAAACCAAGAUGGAACCUGAAGAUAUUAUAGAAAUUGAUAAUGCUCAUGAUUUGGAGAUCUUUUAGAUACUAAGGAUAACAAAGUCUCUGUAAAACGUAUGAAACUUCUAAAAUUAUACCAUAACUUCUUGUUUUCAUAAAUUGCAGAAACAUAGGAAAUAUUUGAUAAAGAAGAAAAUGGCAUGGUUCAUAGUUAAGUUUUAACACCAUGAAAGAUGUUAACUGUCUUAUUAUUUGUUUGCUGAAUCCUCAAAAAUUGAUAAGAUUUUUCUCAAUAACAGUUCUGCAUCAGUGUUAUAUAGGAAAGCUGUUUUAGCCACAUGUUAAUUUUAGUAAUAUCUAACAAAAGAAAUCCAGCUUAAUCUGCUGAAGCUGACAAAGUUGCCAUUAAAUAGGAGAUGUUCCUGAUUACACUUGAACAGAUACACAGUAACAGAAAAGUUAUUCUUGAUGUAAAAGAUUAUGUAAUGUUACUUUGACCGUGUGCUGACAAGAACAGCAGUGUUUAUGUGAUUAAGACCUGUAAAAUGAGAUCAGUUUGUGAAAUUAACUGCAUUUUAAUGUUGGCAAUCUUAGAAGAACAAUCUUGUAAAUAGGUACUGCUGAGCAAUGUAUGUUUUAAAUUUCUGCAGUUUAUUCCAUUUAAUAAUAGUGGUUUGAGCUUCCUAAUUAUUCUACCUAAACUUUUUCUAUGAAUAAACAUGCACAAAUGACACAUCUUUGUUCUAAAACGCAGCUCUUUCUGAUUAGAGAGAUUGUAUUAAUGUGUUUGCUUUGAGUGUCUUUAUACCCUACAUGCAGGUAUAAACAUUGCAGUUCUUGUUUCCAAGCUUUUUCUUGUGGUAGAAUGAAGUAAUGUGCAGCUUGCAGGAAUUAUAAAGUUUAUGUUUGCUGAAUUUUAAGAAAACAAGGUGUGCAAAGGUAGCUUCUACUUGACACAAAACACCUUUUGAAGUUUGAAGAUAAUGUUUUGGUUGUAACUGAAGAAAGUUUGUGACAUUGAUGUGUAUAUGUUUACUUUGUCACUACUGAGUUGUGUUUUCUGUGAAUAGACACAUUAUUUUGCAAUAUAAAA